AUGCAUAGCGAUCCACAGACAACCACGCUGAAGGAGACCCGUAUUUCGCUCGAAAAGGAGUUUCCUGGGCGCCCAGAGCUUAUCUCGCCACAGAUGCGGAUGCUUAUCAUUGAGGAGAUCAGAUCUGAAUUGCGCAAGAGAAUGGAUGUCAAUUCCGAAUCGCUUGAAAUCCUGCAAGAACAGAGCGAUCACCAGCUAGCAUUGCAACUGGCCCGUGAAGAACGUAUGGCAACGAAACGACCAAAGCGGAGUACAGGCAUACAUGGCAGCAUCACAUCUAAAAAGAAGGCUGCGCCAAUCAAAAAGAAACGUACAGGCGUGUCAAAUUUUCCGGUCUUACACGCCUCACCCAAGCUUAGCAUCUGCCUCGGCGGACGGACAGAGGUCACCUCUGCGGAGGCCAUCAAACUAAUAUGGGUGCAUAUUAAGGAGGCGGACCUUCAGGAUCCUCGCGAUCGGAGAUACAUCCUCGCCGAUGAGAAACUCGGUGGCAUUUUUGGAAAUCACCGGCGCGUCCAUAUGUUCCAUUUGGGACGAUUCGUCCAACAGCAUCUGUUCAAAACGAAACAGGUUUAUUUAGAAUAA